AUGCUGCCCACUAAUGGCCUCAAGCAUUUGUCCAAUGCUCUCGCCACCCCCGAUCAGCUCUCCAGAUCCUCCUCGUCGAUUGACGGCGUGCCUUCAGACCUCGAAACAUCAAUCCGCUGCGCCGGCGCCCAGCUCACACAGGCGGCAGGCGUUCUCUUGCAUCUGCCACAGGAUGUUAUCGCCCAGGCGAUUGUCAUCUUCACACGCUUCUGGCUGGGAGCAGACGGAGGAAGCUUACGAAUAUACUCGGCCAAGGCACGAAGGCUCUUUACUCAUUACUUUGUUCAGGAUGUCUCGGCCGCAUCGCUCUACCUGACAGCCAAGCUUUCUUUCCAGCCCACCUCACCACGAUCCGUCUUGAAUGUUUACACUUUUCUCCUGUCUCCAGACUCUUCCCCGCUAUGGUUUAUGAACCCCCGCGGGGCACUCAGCCAGCCUCCCGUGGCCGAGAGCUACAUCCUCUCUGAGGGUGGUUACCAGUCGGCUCGGCUGGAGCUCCUUCGGAUCGAAUCGAUCAUCCUCAGAACCCUCGGGUUCGACACGCACGUCGCGCUUCCGCACACGAUUGCACUCACUUACCUACAAACCCUGGGUGUGACAAAACCUGCCGUCGCACAUCGAGUUAUUAAACAUCUGAACACCAGUCUGUUAUCACCUCAACUUCUUUAUGUGGCGCAUCAGCCCAAUGCCUUGGCCGUGGCAGCUAUCUACCUCGCAACACGCGAAGAAGGAGUGAAGUUGGUAGAUGGGGAAUGGUGGGAGGUCUUUGAUGUUGAUCGGGAAGAGCUUGGUUUCCUCGUUGUGGGUAUGACAAGUACAGAAGGCUUCGUGCGUGCUGAGACGGAACAGUGGAAGAACAGGGGGAUUCCCAUGGCAGUAGACGAGGUGGAGGCGGAGAUUGAGCGACGGCGAAUGAUGCAAGAAGGUGAAUGA